GGAGUUCGCUCUUGUUGUGGUUCCUAUGUGAUGUUGCUUUUGGCGUAGCUCCUCUUUUUGCCGUGAUUUAUUUCAAAACUGUCCUUUUUGACAAAUCGUACCUCAUACUGAGUAUUUUAUUGAAUCAAGUUGCUACUUGGAAUUUCAUGGUGUCAAUUAAUGUUUAUAUUUUUCUCUAAGAAAAAUCAAAAUCACCAACAGUGAAAUUUUUUUCGUGCUGGUGAGUGCCCGAGCCAGACAUCGUUCAAGAUGUGCAUCUGUUGGUUCCUGUUAAAAUGAGACGAAUGAAUUUACAGAGGACUCUGGCUGGAACAAUGCUCAAACAUGGUCUAAUGAAGAUUCUUGUGUGGUUGCUUUCUGUAUCAACCAUUGGGAUUUUCUCUCAAGGAGGAACAGACUUUGAAGCUGCUGCUGUGUCUGAAUGCAGUUCAGUUGAUAGUAAUUUUUAUUCGAUUAAGGGUGAUGAUACUUUGGGUUACAACAAAGUUAAUCAUAAAAGGUCAUCAAUGGAUGGGUGGAAUUUAACUUCACAGAAGUUAUUAGAUUCUUUUCCACUCGACCCUAUCAGACAAAAUUAUGUGCGCCAAGUAAGAGAAUGUAUUUUUUCUGCAGUCCAGCCAACACCUUUCAAGUCUCUGGUCACGCUGGUAGCAGUAUCAAAGGAAGUUGUGGAAGAUAUUUUGGACUUGGAUGCUUCCAUUACUGUGACAAAGGAAUUUAUUCAGUUUGUUAGUGGAGCAAGAGUUCUGCCUGGAUCAAUCCCUCUAGCCCACAGAUAUGGUGGUCAUCAGUUUGGUGUUUGGGCUGGUCAACUAGGCGAUGGAAGGGCUCAUUUUCUAGGAGCAUAUGUCAACAGGCAUGGUACAAGAUGGGAGCUCCAACUAAAAGGCUCUGGGAAGACUCCUUAUUCUCGGAAUGGUGAUGGUCGUGCUGUUCUACGGUCAUCAUUAAGAGAAUUUCUCUGUAGUGAGGCCCUGAAUUAUCUUGGAAUCCCUACCAGCAGAGCAGCCAGUAUUGUUUUAAGCAAUGAUGAUGUAAAAAGGGAUCAGUUCUACAAUGGAAAUGUGAAGAAUGAAAAAGGUGCAAUAGUUCUUCGUGUUGCUAAAUCUUGGUUUCGCUUUGGAUCACUGGAAAUUUUAGCUUACUCUGGAGAGAUUGAAUUGUUAAGGAAAUUGGUGGACUUUAUUAUUGAGCAACAUUUUCCUUUGAUAAAUGUGACCAGUUCAGACAAGUAUCUGGAGUUUUUCUCUCAAGUUGUUACUGAUACCGCGCAUCUUAUUACACAUUGGAUGUCAGUAGGAUUUGCACAUGGUGUGUGUAAUACAGACAAUUUCAGCAUACUCUCUAUUACAAUAGAUUAUGGUCCAUUUGGUUUUAUGGAUGACUAUGAUCCUAAUUUUGUGCCAAAUACAUCUGAUGAUGAAGGUCGAUACAAGAUAGGGAACCAAGCCAAUAUUGGAAGAUAUAAUCUUGAUAAACUGCGUAAGGCUCUGAAUCCUUUAUUGGAUCCCAUGCAGCAGCAGUUAGCGGAACAAAUACUGAAAGGAUAUCCUGAUCGUUAUCAGACAAAAUUUGUGGAAAUAUUUAAAGCUAAAUUGGGCUUACCUGGGUUUGAUUAUAAUGAUAACUACUUGAUUGCAUCUUUGUUGAAGUUGAUGGAGGAUACAAGAGCAGAUUUCACAAUGACAUUUCGCCAGCUUAGUGAAAUUACAAAGAAGCAUCUUGAGGUUAACAACAUUUCUCAGGAAUACUGGGCUCUUCAGGACCUUGCAAAACAUGAGAAAUUCUUGGAUUGGAUUAAUCUGUAUCUGUUAAGAUUGAAGAGCAGAUGGGAUGUAGAACUCACUACAUGGAAGCGUGGUUAGAUGGUGGAAGCAGAAUAUCUCAUCACAAUAAAUUGUACUUGACUGAACACAUGAAGUGCUGUGGCUUAAAGGGAUGUUGACUGAGAGGUAGGAAGACAAAUUAGCAAACUGCUAUUGUGAGAAUGUGGUCUUGUUGGGGUGAAUAGCCUCCUUCGGUGCAAUGGAUUAAAAUGAUUCUGUAAUUCUGUUAUAUCAUGAAGGCAAAAGAUAUUGUAGAAGGGCUAAAAAAGGCAAUGAGAGCUGGGGUUAUUUAACCCUAAAUUGAACCAACAUAAAUGAGAGUACACAACACCCCAACUUCAGCAAUAUGGUCCUGCAUUUGAACUGAACCCUUCUGAGUGGAACAUGACCAUUUAAAGCUCUUGAGCAAUGCAUCAAAAUGUUCUUUAAUAGUGUUUUGUGAUUCAAGUGCCAUACAUUCCUACACUUCUAACAUAUCAGUCUUUAAACUCAAAGCCCGAUACAAGGUUUUUUAAUUACUAAUGUUUGUAAAUAAACAUAGAAACUUAGAAAACCUACAGCACAAUACAGGCCCGUCAGCCACCAUGCUGUGCCAAACAUGUACAACGUUUGUACUUACCUUAGAAAUUACCUAUGCUUACCCAGAGCCCUCUAUUUUUCAGAGCUCCAUGUACCUAUCCAGGAGUCUCUUAAAAGACCCUAAGGUAUCCGCCUCCACCACCGUCACCGGCAGCCCAUUCCAUGCACUCACCACUCUCUGUGUAAAAAACUUACCCCUUAUAUCUCCUCUGUACCUACUUCCAAACACGUUAAAACUGUGCCCUCUCGUGAUAGCCAUUUCAGCCCUGGGAAAAAAGCCUCUGACUAUACACAUGAUCAAUGCCUCCCCUCAUCUUAUACACCUCUAUCAGGUCACCUCUCAUCCGCUGUCACUCCAAGAGAAAAGGCUAAGUUCACUCAACCAUUACAGAUGAAACAUUACAGAUAAAAUCCACAUUCACUGAUAGAUUACAAUGAUCAGCUAGAUCAUAACUACAAUUAGGUGUGCUUAUUUUCCAAAGAUUUAUUUGAACUAUAAUUCUUCAGUUUGAUAAUAGCUGUUAACUGAUAACUGUAGUUCUUCAGAGGAUAUUUCUAAUGUUUUGCAUGUCUUUCCCCAUUCCACUUUGCCUUUGUUUUAGUUCUCACAGUGCAAAUUUGGUUACUUUAAAACCAUUCCAUAAGUUAAUUAUUUUAGCUUAAAUUUCAGGUCAAAGCAAAUUAAAAUUGCAACCAAGUUUUCUAACAUAUUUUUCAGUGUUCAAGUUAAACAAAUGGAUAGUUAUA